GAAAGCACUCUGCUUCUUUCUCGGAUUUACUCUCUUGACAAACUCUCUCUCCCUGUGUGGAAUAUCUUCAUCACCUUCAUCAUGACUCUUGAGGAAGUUCUGAUCCAGAAACCCACCGAGCGUGCUCAGUGCACCGGCUCAGCCCUGGAGGAGGUCCUGGUGUCCGCUAAAGACAACGACUCUCUCACCGUGGGCGUCUACGAGUGCGCAAAAGUUAUGAAUCUUGACCCGGACAGCGUGUCUUUCUGCGUCCUGGCCGUGGAUGAGGAGUUUGAGUGUGACAUCGCUCUGCAGAUCCACUUCACCCUCAUCCAGUCCUUCUGCUUCGACAACGACAUCAGCAUCGUCAGAGUGAGCGACAUGCAGCGUCUGGCUGAGAUUGUUGGUGACAAGUCGGAGCAGCUGGAAGAUGCGCACUGCGUCCUCAUCACGAACCCAGCUGACGGGUCUUGGGAGGACCCUGCUCUGGAGAAGCUGCACCUGUUCUGUGAGGAGAGCCGCCGUCUGAACGACUGGGUCCCUGAGAUCAGCCUGCCCGAGCGUUGAUCCGGGGCCUCGGCUCCUCUCUGUUGCUCAGAUGCUGUGAAGCUUCUUAUCUGGAAAUACUCAUCCUGAACAGGAUGACCCUGUUUCUACUCAUCCCUGGAUACUCCUGAGGAGGAUUCCCGUCCAGGCAGCACGGCGCCGGCCCGAGGGGCCCCCCGUGAACCGUCGCCUCUUGUCCCGUCCAUGCCAAGAUGACUCUCAUUCUUUAUGUGAAUGAGGUCAGGUAUGCCACAAGAGCGACACAUCGACCCUCAUUCUUUGUGCGGAUGAGGUUUGGAGAGGAAGGAGAUGCGAGUUGUGCGUCCUGUGGUCCCACAGAGCAAACGUCGCACGUUGAAGCACGUUGAAGCACGCGCAGCAGGAGAAGAAGCGGUGCUGAGGAAGAGGC